CCCCUUUCCUCCUAGAUCGACUCGAGCUACUCAUGUCGUGGCCAGAUCUGGUAGGAACUCCCUCCCUCCCACCUCGCUCCGCAUCCCGGUAGUGAUGGCGCAGUCCGGCAACAGCGACGCCGCUCCGAUCAGCACCCAGCCCGCGGCGGAGGAGGUGACGGUGGAGAGGACGCCCGAGGAGGAGGCGGCCAGGCUGAGGUACCUCGAGUUCGUGCAGCAGGCGGCGGCGCAGGCGGUCGUGCUGGCGGCCACGGCCUACGCCUACGCCAAGCAGGGCGCCGGCCCGCUCCACCCCGGCGUCGACCACGUCGAGGGGACGGUCAAGGCCGUCGUCGGCCCCGUCUACGACCGCUACCACGCCAUGCCGCUCGAUCUCCUCAAGUUCCUCGACCGCAAAGUGUGAACGAUUGAGAAACUCAACAUGAUUUCUUAGUUGUAUGCAAGGAUUGAUUAUCUGAUCCA